AUGAUCGGCAUGUACAUCACCAGUCCAAUCUCCCCCCACACCAGGGACCCUCCAACAACUGCGGAUUACUCUCCAGUUGUCCUUAGCAGUGAGUGGCCGAGGGUCACCAGAUUAUGCUUUAUCCUGUUCUUUGCUGUAUUCGGCACCACCAUCAACGGAUUCUUUAUAGCUUCCUUCUUCGUCGACCGGAUAUUAAAUAAACUUGGAAACGUAUUUCUGUGCUGCUUGGGCCUCGCUGACUUUAUCGUAACGACGAUCGUGAUGCCAGUCUGCGCUGUCAUUCUUCUGUCUGGCCAAUGGGAGACUGUGGAAGUCUGCAAUGUUCUACAAGUCAUGACUGAAACUUCCACUUAUAGCUACAGUCUACUGAUUAUGCUAACGGCGGGAGAGAGCUACUUCAGACUGUGUCACACCGACGCCUACGAAAUAUACAUGGCUAUGCGCGUGCACAUCGUCAUUCCUCUCAUUUUCAUCGGAAGCGUUACUCUUGGCAGUAUAGGAGUGUACAUGAAGCUCGAUUACGAUUACUGUGAACGACUACACUACGGCAACAACACCUACCGUUGGACCACUAACAUCCUCUUCCAUGGUAUACCCUGGGCCCUUACUCUGUAUGGUUUGAUCGCUACGUGCAUCACGAUCCGCCGUCGCGCGCGUCUCCUAGUCCAAUACCGCCGCUCUCUGCAGUACAAACGCGAUUACUCGAUCUCCAACUUGAACACCGCCAACUUUUUGGUCUUCGUCAUUUCCUGGUUCCCCUGCAUCCUCAUCCUGUUCAUCGAUCCCGGUGUCCCCGACUCCGUGUUCUAUACUCUCACCUGGAUUGCUCUGUUGCGUUCCGUUUUCACCACUUUCUUCUAUGGCAUGAUGAAUCCCUACUUCCGUCGGGCUUUCUCCCACAUUUUCAACUACUGCUUCUGCAAGAAUAACCUGUCUCCCUCUUUCAAUGGCCGCAACCGACGCGCUUUGGAGUACAGGCCGGCAACUGGUGAGGUGCGGGUCCACAUCUUGCAUCAGGCCGUGAUCGGAAUGCCACACCGCAAUGCAAUUUGCGAAACCCACGAGCUGUAA